ACCCACAGCAGGCCGCAGCCUUCUCAUCGCCUCCAGGCUAAAUCAGUAGCCAGAAUGUCGUCCCUACCUUUACCGAUAGGGAACACCUCCUGGGUAGAGUAUCAGGCUUACCAGUUGAAAGAUAUUGAUAUUGACAACCUGGUGAAGAAAGUUCUGGGCAUCUUCUUUGGAGAUCCAUGGCGUUCUUCACUCUCGGCUUCUGCGUGCAUUUUGGUCCUCACCUAUGCCAUGUCCCUUGCCUCCUUCACAUGGACUAGGUGGAGCUCAAAGGGCGGCAAGUCAGUGCCCACGCUUCCAUACCUCUUUCCAGGAAUCUGCCACGGCUUCGGGCUGGAAUGGAGCAUGGCAGACUUCCUGUCAAAAAGCAUACGAUCAUGGGGCUAUCUAGCGCCCAUGAAGGUGGCCGCCGGCUCGUUUGGUUUCGUCAUGGUCACGAACCCGCAACACAUCCGCAAGAUGCUCCGCUCGUCCAGAAUCCUAACGAACCGGCCAAUGAUGGUCUUUGUUAUGAUGAAAUGGUUUUACGCUCCACCGGAAUCUAUGCACCACUACACAGCCCACGAAGACAGCAACAGGGAAGACGAGCAUAUCCAUGACCAGCAGGCCGGCAUCAGCAUCAAGUUUCUGUCCGGCCAGCAUCUUCAAGGGAUGUCGGAGCGAUACAUGUCCACCCUCCAGAAGAGACUGGACGCACUCCCCCUCGAGGGCGAGGGCCAGUGGCUGGAGAUCCCGGACUUCUACACUUGGCUACGGGAUCAAGUCACGCCAACGAGCAUCGAGGCCAUGUUCGGCUCGCGUCUUGUCGAGAUGUACCCGGACAUCUCUACAGACUUUUGGAAGUUUGACGACAACAUUGCCAAUUUCUCCCGGAAUCUGCCACGGUGGCUGAUCCCCAACGCCUACAAGAACCGCGACAAGCUGCUUGCAAACAUCAAAAAGUGGAACAUACUCGCGCAUGCCAACACAGACUGCCGCAAGCACGGCCUUGAAGACCCCGAAUGGGACGAGCACAUGGGUUCGCGCUUCAUCAAGGCCCGCGAGGACAUUAUGAAGCAGCAUGGUCUCGAUGACGAGACUGUGGCAUCCGAAAACUUGGGUGUCCUCUUCGGAGCCAAUGCAAACGCCGUACGCGCUGUUUUCUGGUGCAUCUUCGAGGCCCUCAAGGAUCCAGACCUCAAGGACCGCCUCCACGCCGAGCUCAUGGACUGCCGCAUGUCUGGUUCGUCGCCGACAGCAACAACAACAACAACAACAACAACAGGCCAGCAGCCCUUCGACCUGUCCAAGUUCGCCACCAAACCACUGCUGCAGUCGACCUACGCGGAGCUGCUCCGCAUGCUGGUACAGACGACCUUUACGCGCACCAACGAAAACGGGGACUUUGACCUUGGACCGGACUACACGGUCAGACAGAAUGAAACCAUGACCGUCUUCUCCUCCAUCACCGCCCACAACACGGAGGCGUGGCGCGCCGCAAGGCCCGAGGCCUUGGCGAAGCCGCUGGAUGUGUUUUGGCCCGAGCGCUUCCUCGUUCGCAAGAGCAAGGACGCAGCAUCGCAGCCCACAUUCAGCCUAGAGGGGCUGACCGAGUGCUGGAUGCCGUACGGGGGAGGGCAGAGGAUGUGUCCAGGCCGUCACUUUGCCAAGCUCGAGAUCAUCGGAACGCUGGGUGUGCUCCUGGACAACUUUGAGAUGGAGUUGAUGGAUCGGAAUCGGGCUGGAAAGGUUAUACCCGACAAGAGAUGGGUUCCAUAUGGGACGUUGCCGCCAAAGGGGCUGGUCAGUGUCCGCCUAAGGAGAUUACAGAAACAGUCAGUCCUAUAGUCAGUACUAUAGACUAAGAUCUAGCUGCGAAUAGAUUG